ACGAUAUGCUGCGUGAUACAUUGUACAUUGUGCUGGCACUGUUGCCUCUAGCCAUAACAGCUACUCUAAAAACUGACGUGGAAAACUUCUCGAAGUCUACAAGUUGUAGCUCCCUGAGGUAUGCAGAUAUUCUUGUCACCGGGGCAGAAAAGCUGGAAAGCAUCGAGAAUAAACUGGAUGACUUAGACGCGUUAGUGAGACAAACUCUUGAAUGCUGUACCAACUCUAAAACGUUGCCAACACCGGAAUGUCGUACACGUGCAUCUGCGUUGUCUGGUGCUGGUGAUGACGUCACGGCGUUCGUACGGUGUCAAGGCGAUGAGGUAAUGACGGGAUGCACGAGUUAUCUUCCCGGUAGCGCCCAUGGAACACGUGAUGGCGAGUAUAUAGAAGUAGGGGAUGAUGGGAAACCUGUCUGCUAUGCCCAGAAUGGUUCCGGGGGAAGUGGUGUUAAAGCGUAUGCUCGAUGCUGUACAUGGCCCGGGAUGCAAUGCGAGUAUGCUGUCGGUAGCAAAUCCGGUUCCGGUGACGAUAAUUACAGUGGUUCUGCGUGUCCAAGUAAUAUCGAUGGAAUGAUGCCAUAUUUGACAGGAUGCAUGGCAAGAACAUUUUGGAAACAACUGGAUGGUGCGCAUCCAAAUUCAGAAAUACGUGAAGAACUACAAGAUGUCAUUAACCAGGAAUGCCGCGCAUACAAUGGUGCAGGUGGCGGUGGUGUAUGGGCGUUCUCGGCUUGCUGUGCGGCACCGGACUUGGAAUGUAAAGUCAAAUGGAGCCCACAAAGUGGAGGCGCGGUUGGUUCUCUGGCCAAAGUGACGUGUGAUGAUGGUUGGUUAUUGACCGGGUGUUCUGCUUAUACAGCUUGGACACUGUGUGAUGGAGCGUACAUUGAAGGUGAUACCUGCGUGGCUGUGAAUGGUGGUAAUAACGUAAAAGUCUGGAGCGCUGCCACCUGUUGUCGCAACUAAUACUAAUUAGUCUCGCUAUUGCUUCUGAAAUCAAUUAUUUCUAAUUUAAUUUAAUUCAUGUUUACUCUUCAACUUUUGUUCGAUAAAUAUAUUAUUUCUUGUAUGUUAUUAUCGUCAUCUACCUCUCAAUAAAAUCGAUCUAAUGCGUCAAAACAUAAUCUCAC